UCGGCUUAUUUUAUUACAUGGCGCCCGCGUUGGGUUAUUUUCCCAUUUUCUCACCCAGACCCGCAUGAAACGCAGCGCCGCGACUGCCAUGAAGCGAUCGUAUAGCUGCAUGGACUUGGCCGCACUGGAAGCGACCGACACUGCCAUGAUGUCGGCGGUGUGUGCGAAACGGCGCCUCACAAUUCCUCCGCGAUAUCGCAGCUUGUCGUCGUGCCCGACGACCCGAGACACGACUCGAAAGCAAUGGCUCCAUGCGUACGAUUGCAUGACGUUGAGCUUACCGAUUGUCGAGACCGCAGCGAUUGAAGAUGUCCUGUGCUCGUCCAGCAUCUCGUCCGUCUUGCCCUUUGUCCCGUCGACACCAACAAAGGACCAGCCCGAUUCCAUGCAGCUUGAGCUCCUCGAGUUGUUCACACACGCAUGGAUUGAGAAAGACCACCCUGUCCAAGAAGACGUCACAAGCCGUACGCUGUGAUGCCUGUCCCGCGAAUGCAUUAUUUAACCACAAGGCACACCUCAACUACCCACAAGCCCACUCACAGGGCAUCGGCAGUACGUCGAGUUCGGUUUGACGACCGCUUCUCGCGCGAGGUGCUAUUGUAUCGACGGUCAUCUUCCUAUUUAACACGACCAAUGAUUGCACCCA